AUUGUGUAAAAAUUCAGUGCUAUAGGCUUCCCGUGUUUUCAGUUUUAUUUGUGCGUUGGUGUCUGCCAUGUGGCUGGUGAUAUAGUCCAAGCAGUUGAUGUUUUUGUAUUUGUCGCUCUCCAACAAAGGAAAGAAGAACAACAAAGGAAGAAGAAGAGGAAAUGGCAGUAGGGAUUUUAUGAUACGAUGUCUGAAGAGGUCGUUCACAAAUGACAUGGCCGAGUUGUGUUCAUGGACUGGUCAAAAAGACAAUUACAAAGUAGCUGACAGUCCAGUAAUGAAAAUAUUACACAGUGCAGUAAAGAAGACAACUGGAGUGUUCGAAAAGGACUUCGAGAUAUAUGUCAAGGAUUGGCUCCGACAUGCCAAACAACGAAAGGAGAGGAUGUUGAAAAAAAAACCAAUAAAUUAAAAUAUAUAUAGCAUUUUUGUAUAGGUGGUCAAAUGAAGACCGGCUCUGUUUGUUAAUUUUAUUAUUUUAUCAGAGAUAUAUUUCACUUUUUUGUGACGUUUGUUUUUUUAUAUUAGAUUAAAUAAUUAUUUAUUAUAUGGAUGUUUCAUUACUUCAUUUCCUAUUUCCAAA